AUGAUAAAAGAUCUGAACGCACGAAGAUAUAGUAGUAUCAUGGACUUUCAGCAUCAGUUAAUCUAUAACGGUUCGCCAAACCCAGUAUCCUCCCCCAUUCAAUCACCUACUCAUACACCGUCUCCAAAUACCUCUCCAGGUCAAACUUCUCCACCACUUGGAUAUUCAAGGCCUCCACCUCAAGGUAUGAACUCGCCAGCAAGCCAUGGGCUGACGCAGUCACACUUGAACUUUUCACAUGGUAUCUCAAACCAAAUGAAUAAUAAUAUAGGCUCUCCGCAUUGGCAGCAACAGUUAAAUUAUGCGCAACUUUCUCGACAGUCGGCUACUCCUCACCACCACGCACGACAAGCUGCUGCCGCUGCUCGUAGUACUAAUUUAGGAAGUUCAGCAAUUGCAAUUACAGAUCCAAAUAAUCCAAAUAAGCCUCCCGUCAAUGGAGUUUCCCAUAGAAAAACGAAUAAUGGUGAUAAGAAAGAACAUCAAUUUCAACAAUGGAUGACGAUCGAUUUGGGUGGGAUGGGAUUGAAGAACAUUAGCAAAGAACUAUACCGUUACCACUUUCUCAAUACCCUUUAUAUAAACCACAAUAAUUUAACGUGUUUGUCUCCCGAGAUUUCAAGACUGCGAAAUUUGACUAUACUGGACAUAUCUGGAAAUAAAUUAUCCUCAGUGCCCCCAGAAAUUGGAAUGUUAACCAACCUUAAAGAACUAUUGCUUUUUGAUAAUGCAUUAUCGACACUCCCGCUUGAAUUGGGGACGCUUUUUCAACUGGAUACGCUCGGCUUAGAAGGGAACCCAUUAAACGAUCCUAUUAAAUCAAUGAUACAAAAUGAAGGGACAUCUGCGGUGAUAACUUAUCUGAGGGAGAAUUGUCCAGAUCCUCCACCACCAGCAGACCGAGAAUGGAUUUUAUUGGAGAAUGAGCAAACGAGUUCAGGGCCUGACACCUUCACCCUUCUUUGCUACAAUGUUCUGUGUGACAAAUAUGCCACGACACAGUUAUAUGGUUAUACUCCCUCUUGGGCACUUGCAUGGGAUCAUCGCAAAGAAGUCAUAUUGAGUGAAGUUAAGUUAUACAAUGCAGAUAUUGUCUGUCUCCAGGAAGUUGAUAGUGCACAAUAUGAAGAUUACUUUAAAAAAGAACUUCACAAAGCGGACUACGACAGUGUUUACUGGCAAAAAUCCCGUGCGAAAACAAUGAACGAUUCGGAAAGAAAAUUGGUUGAUGGUUGCGCUACUUUCUUCAGAGCGUCUAGAUUCAAACUGAUAGACAAACAGUUGAUUGAAUUCAAUCAAGUCGCAUUACAAAGAUCUGAUUUCAAAAAGACAGAUGAUAUGUUCAACCGAGUAAUAACUAAAGAUAAUAUUGCAAUUGUAACAUUGCUCGAGAAUUUAGAAAAUAAAUCGCGUAUUAUUGUCGUUAAUUGUCAUAUUCACUGGGAUCCAACUUAUGCAGACGUUAAGCUUGUGCAAGUGGCUAUGUUAAUGGAUGAGUUAGACAAAUUCGCACAAAAAUGGUGCACAACUUCCAAUCAAAAUCAAUCCGUUUAUAAUUACACUUCACCGCAAAAGAUUUCAACGAUUAUAUGUGGGGAUUUUAAUUCAACACCUGACUCCGGUGUUUAUGAAUUUCUUUCGCGUGGCACUAUACGACAGGACCAUAAUGAUUUUGGUGACCACAUUUAUGGAAGCUAUACAUCCGAUGGAUUGACGCACAAACUUUCAUUGAAAUCUGCAUACUCGAAUAUAGAAGAGUUGCCAUUCACAAAUUUUACUCCUUCUUUCACUGGCGUGAUUGAUUAUAUUUGGUAUAGCACAAAUACGUUAACAGUUACUGGAUUGCUGGGAGGCAUAGAAAAAGAAUAUUUAACGAAAAUUGUGGGAUUUCCUAAUCAACAUUUUCCGUCAGAGUAUGUCCCAAUUCUUGAUUAUUUAUCACCAUUACUUAUUUAA